AGAGAGAAUCUUUUCCAGCUCCCGGCUGGCAGGCUAAGGCCCUCCGGAGCCCAAGGCGAGCCCAAGCAGAAGCCAGUAGGGUUAUCUGUGUCAGGAUCAUUUCCAGAGGAAUAGUUCUGGCCCCUGGCAGGUAAAGACGGGCCAGAGGAGAAGAGGCAGAAGAGGAGAGAGAGCAGGCUCUUUGCGAGCAGCCCAAGUUGGAGAAAGGCUCUGUACUUUUGGCGUUCCUGCAGGGAUAUCCCCUCUCACGUUGGCAGCCAGGCUGAGAAAGGGCUUCAAGAUCCCCGCGGAAUGACAACUCUUGUUCCUGCAACCCUCACCUUCCUUCUUCUCUGGACCCUGCCAGGGCAGGUCCUCCUCAGGGUGGCCUUGGCAAAAGAGGAAGUCAAAUCUGGAACCAAGGGGUCCCAGCCCAUGUCCCCCUCUGAUUUCCUAGACAAACUUAUGGGGCGAACAUCUGGAUAUGAUGCCAGGAUUCGGCCCAAUUUUAAAGGCCCACCCGUGAACGUGACCUGCAACAUCUUCAUCAACAGUUUCAGCUCCGUCACCGAGACCACAAUGGACUACCGGGUGAAUGUCUUCUUGCGGCAACAGUGGAAUGACCCACGCCUGUCCUACCGAGAAUAUCCUGAUGACUCUCUGGACCUUGAUCCCUCAAUGCUGGACUCUAUCUGGAAGCCAGACCUGUUCUUUGCCAAUGAGAAAGGGGCCAACUUCCAUGAGGUGACCACAGACAACAAGUUACUGCGCAUCUUCAAAAAUGGGAACGUGCUCUACAGCAUCAGGUUGACCCUCAUUUUGUCCUGCCCAAUGGACCUCAAGAACUUCCCCAUGGACAUCCAGACCUGCACGAUGCAGCUGGAGAGCUUUGGCUACACCAUGAAUGACCUCGUGUUUGAGUGGCUGGAAGAUGCUCCUGCUGUCCAAGUGGCUGAGGGGCUGACUCUGCCCCAGUUUAUCUUGCGGGAUGAGAAGGAUCUAGGCUAUUGUACCAAGCACUACAACACAGGGAAAUUCACCUGCAUCGAGGUAAAGUUUCACCUGGAACGGCAAAUGGGCUACUAUCUGAUUCAGAUGUACAUCCCCAGCCUACUCAUCGUCAUCCUGUCCUGGGUCUCCUUCUGGAUCAACAUGGAUGCCGCCCCUGCCCGUGUGGGCCUGGGCAUCACCACCGUGCUCACCAUGACCACCCAGAGCUCUGGCUCCCGGGCCUCUUUGCCUAAGGUGUCCUACGUGAAGGCAAUCGACAUCUGGAUGGCUGUGUGUCUGCUCUUUGUGUUCGCUGCCUUGCUGGAGUAUGCCGCUGUCAAUUUUGUUUCUCGUCAGCAUAAAGAAUUCAUACGACUUCGAAGAAGGCAGAGGCGCCAACGCAUGGAGGAAGAUAUCAUCCAAGAAAGUCGUUUCUAUUUCCGUGGCUAUGGCUUGGGCCACUGCCUGCAGGAAGGAGAUGGAGGUCCAGUGGAAGGUUCUGGCAUUUAUAGUCCCCAACCUCCAGCCCCUCUUCUAAGGGAGGGAGAAACCAUGCGGAAACUCUACGUGGACCGAGCCAAGAGAAUUGACACCAUCUCCCGGGCUGUCUUCCCUUUCACUUUCCUCAUCUUCAAUAUCUUCUACUGGGUUGUCUAUAAAGUGCUACAGUCAGAAGAUAUCCACCAGGCUCUGUGAAUAGGGUGGGAGCUAUAGAGUCCUGCUGCUGGCCUCCUGCUUCCUCCUGGGUGGGCUUUCUCCCUCAAUUAGACUCCAUUAGGGGCUUGGACAGUUCCUUCCUGAUCUCCCACUCAGAACUUCAACUACCAGUCCCAAAGCUAUGUGGACCUAUAAUGCAUGGUGCCAAUGGUGGCUGUACUUAUAAAGAUGGCUUAUCUACCCUA